GAAGAGGCGGCCAGAAGUUCAGAAUCGGUGCAGGAGAUCACAUCGCCAGAAUGAAUCGCGGUCACCUGUUGCUCCUAGUCGUUUGUGCCGCUGGCAUUUCCCUUUCGGUGGCUUUUCCCCAGGGCGAUUUGAUAAGGCCGGAAAGUGACGAGUCGGAUGUGAGUGGCAUUGGCUUCGUGACCCUCGACGGAACCGCCAGCGAUGAGAGCGAGGAAAGUGGUGAAAGCAACACCUCCGAUGAUCUGAUAUUCCUGAGUCGCAAGAAACCAAUUGCCGCUAACAAUUCCGUCGAUCUGAGCGCCUUUGUGGCCCUGAUUCCCCUGCAAGAAGUCCAGACCAUAGCUGCGCAAUACUACCACCAGGAUGCGGACUUCCAAAGGGCCUAUGCCUUCCUCGCCAGCAGCGAUUUUGCGGAUAUCAAGCGCAAGAUCCUUCAGCUGCCGGAAGUCCUAGAGUUUACCAACUAUCUGGGUGCCCAGGGUUUGGAUGUAAUCAAAGUGAUGCAUUCGGUGGCAGGGGUAUUCAAACCCUCCAUUUUGGGCCCAAUGGUCGUCAACGAGGCCACUAAAGCCCCAACCACCGAGGAUGGCAGUUCGGCCGCCGGCGAGCCCCAGAGCGGCCUGCAUGGAAUGGUGGAGAGGGUCCUGGAGAUCCUGCCGCAGGACCAACUGUACGCCCUGUUUUUCGAUGAGUUCGAGAGCAACAAACAGUUCUCGGCAUUUGUCGACAGCAUUAGCAGCCCAAAGUUUGCCAAAAUUUUGAGCGGUCUGCAGAACUCAUUGCCGCUGCGAAAUUUGCUAUUUGUCCUGCACAACAACAGCAUCUACGUGGAGCGGAUUGUGGAGUCUGUAAAGUCGUAUUUAUCCAUCUCCAGCUUUUAAUUAGCUUAAGUCGCGGGGAUUUUUCGGAGCUCGCUAGCAGGUUAAGUGUGGCACUUAAAUUAGAAAGUAGU